CCUGGCCGGUGUAAUAUUGGGCUCACUGUGCGGGGCUGCUGUGCUGGCAGGUGUCAUGUUCCUGCUGUACCGUGUCUACAGAAGAAAAUGCGGGGGACGGUCCAAGUACGAGCGCCUCAGCGGCUACGGCAAGAAGACAGCACCGGCCGUGCAUAUCGACGGCAAGAGUCUGGCCACGCCCACAGUCAGCCUGAAAGCCGUUCCUUUCACACUGCCCCCGGCCCCCAACACGAGGGACCGGAUAGCGGCCUUCAAUUACCCAUUGGCGAUCAACUCUCCUUGCCGUGACAGCUUGGAUCAGCCUGACGCACGGGCCACCGAGCGCCGACCGUCCGUCUCAGCCGAUCGUAGGCCGUCCUUCAGCGACCGCCUUCCGCCCAGCCUGCCUCUAGGGGACCGUGAACGUAGACCCUCGGUGGUCGAAGACACCAACGGCCGACGGGACAGCGUCAGCGGUCUGAGCGUGUGUAGCGAUUCUACCGAGGGUGGAGGCUCCCCAACCUACGGGAACUCACGCACGGGUUCCCGACGAUCUUCCGUGGCCGAUGUGAUGAGUCCUGCAGGUGCCUUCGUGCUAGGUGGUCUCAACCCUGACCUCUAUCGUCUUGAAGACGAAGAGGACGACCUGGACUUCCCCGACGAUCACAUCGGUCGCAUCUGGCUGGCUGUGGAGUACGAGAUGGAGUCCGAGCGAUUGGUAGUCUCCCUGAUCAAGGCCAAGAACCUUCCCAGUCGGGUACGGGGCAGCGUCAACCAAUGCGACCCGCUAGUCAAGGUCUUCUUGCUGCCCGAAGAAAGGCGCCACCUACAGUCUAAAGUCAAGCGGAAAACCACCAAUCCAAAGUUCGACGAAAGUUUUGUCUUCCAGGUUACAUUCAAAGCGUUACAGCAGCGAACUCUUCGACUAUCGGUGUACGACGUAGACCGUUCCAAACGCCACAAGUUGAUCGGGCACGCCCUCUAUCCACUGAAAGACCUUGAUUGCGAGGCUCAUCAAAAAGUCGUCAUGUGGCUCGACCUGGAGAAGGAGUGCACAGAGACGGUCUCAUCUGAAACCGGGGACCUUCACUUUUCUCUGAACUACAACGACAGCAUAGAUCGACUGACGGUGGUUAUGAUCGAAGGCAAAGGCAUCCGGUUGCUAGACGGGUUCCAGCACGUAGAUUGCUACGUCAAGGUGGCCUUGAUGAGUGCCAGCAAAGUCGUCAAAUCCAAGAAGACAGAAAUCGUCAAGAAAACGUCCAACCCAACGUUCAACGAGUCCUUCCAGUUCAAGGUUCCCUCAAGUAACACGGACAUGUUCAGCAUAUCCGUCACUGCCAUGCAACACGCCCCAGCCAUGAAAGGUGAUAAACAGAUAGGAAGAGUGGUUGUAGGGCCCUUCAUGUACGCAAGAGGCAAAGAACUAGAACAUUGGAACGAAAUGGUCAGCCAUCCCAAAGAUACUAUAGCCCAUUGGCACUCGCUUACAUGAUUCCAGACGUAGAGCGGGCGGGGAACCAGACUGAGCAUGAAUGUGUUGAUCACGUGGCUUUUUUCACUUAAACUCAGUGAGGACAUUUUUGGUCCCCAGCCUACAUGAAAGUCUACUUGAAACCCAAAAGCCACUGUGUUUCGCUUCGAAUUGGAUGUGUUGUGAGAAACGUUGGGCCGUUUGGAUAAGAAGAACGAGGCUUAGAGAAAGAACUUUCGGCAUUGGAAAAAUAUCUGCUUGGUUUUGGUACUGAUCAUUGCAUAGGCGACACAGGAGCGGAGUUGAGACUUCGUUUGAAAUAACUCGGGCUUUCAACUGAACCGGAAGACUCGGUGAAUUUUACAAUCAACCACUCGGAUCCGAUCGGGAUAUCUCUUCAACGCAAAUGACCUAUUCAGACAGUAGGAAAAUUGUGACUAAUGUCUGCCCCUUUCCAACGACUGCGUCAAAUACUACUAGGAAAGCGGACAGGCGAGAGAGGGCGGUCGACAUCUUAAAGGGAAAGGAUUAUUUUCGAAGUUGGAACGGCAAGUCGUCAAGCUUGACUGGAAAUAGGUGAUAGAAUUGGUUCAAUGGUUCGUCAUUGAUAGGCUGUUCAGCAAGUGGAUACAGGCCUAUGGAAUUAAAUUUAAUGUCCAAAUUUGAAUUGAAGAAAGUCUCUCGUUCCCACGGCACCCAGAAAACCCAGGCGCUGGUACAGUCUGAAUAAGCCGGUUGCUGUGAUUACUCGAGUCCAUUUUUUACUGGUAAAAAUGUUGUUCUGACGGCUGCAGAAUCGUGCCAGGUUAAAUUGUUUUGUUUUUUUCGUGUUUAAUUUUCAUUAUCAUUUAAAACCUGUGAUGUCAGCAAAGUAGGUACCAGCGGUCGAGUACGGGUGGGGUGGGUGCGAGUGAGACAAAAAAUGCAUUUCCAUCGCGAGAGGGCGCCAUGAUGUAUUUUGUGAUUUUCGUGUAGUUCACGGACAUACAUCAGACGUGUCUAGUGUCUUUCAAUAAGUGCGAUUUAUAUUGAAAGGUUUACUGGAAUUUUAUGCAUGACUGGGUUUAAAGUAUUCCGUAUACUUGGGCCUACGAUACUUUUUAACAAUGGUAUACGUUGUGUGUAUGCAAACCAUUGAUAAACGCAUUCUCUGAAAUUACCAGAAUCACUGUAAUAGCGCCACCUUGAGGCGACUUGAGCAUUAGACUGACCAUGACUGUUGACCUUUGACUCUGUUGGGAAGAAGACAGCCUGCAUUUGGCAAUGGUCACUCACUUACGUGGAUUACCAUGCAAAAGUGUGCUAUAUUAAGUAAAGACGUGCGAGUCUUUGAUAUGGCGAUUCUGAGCAAGGGGUUUAUAGUUGAGACAUUUUGUUGUUACAAUUUAAAGUGAUGCAGUGUACGUUGACAGCUGUCAGUCUGGAAUUUGCUACAUAUAGAUGGGUUGCAUUAAGCGGCCAUCUUUGAGGUGUGUUUUGUUAUGUUAAUUCAUAAGCAAUGCACAACGAGGUCUACGCAUGCGUAUCCCUUCUAAACAGAAGCACACACCUCAGAGAUGGCCGCAGUGCAAACGAUCAAUACCUUUUUUUUCAUAGUACUUUUGUGAACCUUCACCCAAUCUCGUUUUAAUGAAGCCCUGUACGUCUCUAUGGUCUAUGUCUGUGCGUGGACGCGUUGAACAUUCACAAUGUCUAUUCUCUCCGGCUUGGUGCGUUGUAGCUCUUUGCUAUUCCAGCUCCCGUAAAACACCGUGUUGUUGGAAUGUAAAUAAGUAUUUCAUUAUCACUGCAAUGCAGCUAAACCAGCUUGUCUCUUUAAAAAAAAAUCGUUUGGAAAUGAGUUGCAUAUAAACAGUUCAUUAUUUGUAUAUUGUGUUUCCAGUAAAAUCCAUGUAGAAAUGUUUUGCUCUUUCAGUAAGAAAAUAAUGCCCUCAAAAGUAGAUACCCUACUGUGCUCCUUUGUUAGUUUCUUUGCUUCGGUUCAACGACAUUGUUCAAUUGUGCGUAAAUUUAAAAACAAAAAUUGCAUUGCCCAAACCAGGCAUCCUGACAUACGAUAUGUCUUCCUUCGCACAUUAGGGAAAUUGAUUUUACCUUUUGCGCUUCAGGUAGCUCUUUUAAUAUGAAAGCCCUUUGCGAUUUUCUUAAGUAGACACUUUCAGCAUCACAUUUCACAAAUGGCGUAUGGGUGUUUGGAGACCAGACACAAUCGAUUCGUCUUGGGUUAAUGUCUUCUCUAGUAAUUGUCAAGUUCUGCCCGGCGGUGUCGUCUCUGAAUGGCACACUGUGUGUGUGUCCUCGGGUAAACGGUAUUGAAAAAGUGAUGGCGAUUAAACCUUUUUUGUUUGCUCAAUUAACAUCGAGAGAACUGUCAGUACUAAAUAUAAUGUCAAAUUGAAAAAUUGUCACAAACUGUUCGUGUACGGAUGAAGAUCCCAAAAAGAAAGAUUUCGAACGAAAAUACGGAUCGACGAAAACAUUUGUCACACCGUCCUCCGACCUUUGAAACCUUGACGAUAGCCCAAGAGGAACCUUAAGACAUUAAGAAGAUGACGAAGAUGAGACUGUGUCAUUUUAAUGUGGAUUCAUCUGGAUGACGUGUGUACUAUAGAUAAUUCUACGUAGAAAAACUGUCUUCAAAAAAGUUAUAUAAAUACGAUGUAGUGGAUGAUAGUUUAAACAUUGACAUAAAUCUUACGUGCUUAUUAGGAGGCUCUUGGGUUACUUGCCGGACAGCAUUUGCCAAAUAAAUUUAAAAGGGUGAAAAUUCGUAUCAAGGAUGAAAAAUCUUCUUCCUGAUAAUGGUGUCACUUCUUGUACAGUGCUUGGAACACCUUCCAAGAUUAAAAAAAAAAAACUAACCGGCCCUCACACCGGAUGGUUAGAACUAAUCGUGCGCUACAAUCUAUUUUUAUUAUCUGCGGUUCGUAAUUUCUACAUUAAUUUUGUAUUUAUUUCAUAUCUUCGGACAACGAUUUAAAGUUUGUAAUAUGGAUUUAUGAGAACGGUCCAGUCUGUGAUUAAUUUAGUCAUUAUUGUUUUGAAUAUUGUUUUUGUCUUCUUCCUCUUUCAGCCUGAGUGAUACAUCUGUCGCUAGAUCGACUUGUUUAUUUUAUUGUUUGAUCGUGGGAUGUAUAAUUGUAAAUAGCAAAAUACAAUAUUUUAAGUAGGUCAGAAAGUGGAUUGUGACCUUGUAUACGUGUAUAUAAAAGUGCAGUUGUACAGAGCAUUCCAACAAAAAAAUCCAAGUACUUACAUUCCAAAUUUAUUCUCCUUAGUCAUAUGACGUUUGUGUAUAACCUGCCAAUGUGAUAAAAAUACAACAUGUCGACUUUAAGAAUCUUUCUCAGAGAAAAGACGAAAAGACAAGUCUUGAGUGUUACCAGAGCCGUGUGGAGGUUGCGGCAGCUGGUCGUUCAGGACACGCGAUGUUUGGUGUUCCAAACCGAUAUUUGGCGUCCCAAACCGGCGCCUCUCAUGCUCUGCGCACGGCCGCGGUGUAACCAUUAUGAUUGGACAAGAAACAUGAUUGAUUUUCUUUGUGAAGAAAAAAACACGCGAUUAUUUAAACAGAUUCCAAAGCCAUGAAAAAUGUAUCUCUGUACAAAACUUAAUGUGAAGGUCUCUUGACAAAGAUGACACAGGUUACAAAAAAAAAUAAGUGGGUUUGAGGCGUGGUCCCAUCGGGUUUUCAUAAGCAACACUAGUGCCAAAGAUUAUUGUUGGGAAUGUCUUUGCACGUUUGAUUUCAGAUCGACAAAAUGACGGUCAUUUGUUUGUUGAAAUUGCAGUUUGACAAUAAUUUGUUUACAAAACGUUCAUUACACUCAGAACAAGUGAUGGACGUGUGUCAAUUAAGUAUCGAUGAAUAGGGCGCGUUUUCGUUAGGGCGGUCAACUGGACAACUACAGACGCCAUUAAUCGUCAACACCGUCAGUGACACGGAGGUGCCUGAUUGGCCCUUCGUCAUACUUGUUCAGUGAGCCGAGCCAAUCAGAGCGCAGCUAUUAAAAAGCUGGUCUACUGACGACCGUCUUUUGUAAGAGUCUUUGUGAUUAGCCACAGACAAAAAUGUCUAAAUGAGUGUACACAAUUAUUCUAUAACGCUGGUUCGUGUAAAAUCCAAAGUAGAACUGAAUGCUGUAUACUAGUGCGUGUAUACGUGUGAGUCCGAACUCGUCAUUCCAAGUUAAUUUUUUUACAACAAAAGUAAAAAUAUAAAUAUUAAGAUGUAAUAAGCUUUGUCUGAUAAUUCUGUAUGUAUAUGUAUGUAUAUACAAAGUGUAUUAAUGGAUAUUCAUAUUACUUAUAACGACCAUAUACAUUAUCAUAACGAAGUGAGCUGGAUAUUUCUCUGCAAGAUGGAAUAAUGUCGAAAUAUAUAUUAAAAACUAUACAUAUGAAUAUUAUAUCUGAAA